AUGGAGCAGUACGACACUGCAACAGACGAGGAGAGAGCGCGCGAGGUUCUGGAGCAGGUCAAAGUAGGCCAGACGAUGUGCGCAGGGCUGGUGGAGCAGAUCAAGCAAGAAUCGAACCGGUUCUACUUGGCGAUAUGCGAACAACGACGGCGGCGACGAAAAGGCAUGAACGUGAACGAGUGCGGGAUCGAAUGGCACGGGAACGUGGCGUCGGAGGCCCGGGCAAUCCAGUAUGGCAUCCAGAACAAGUGCCCGUACGUGGAAGACUACCAGGCGGACUUUUGCCAGGCGUAUCAAAUGUCGUACGAGGAAGCGAUGGAGAUUGUGCCGAAGUUUCCCAAACGCGUGGUGAGCAUCUGCAACGACCUGGCGUACUUCAAGGACAUCGAGGACCGCCAGGAGCACGAGCCGCUUCGGAGAGAGCAGUGCACGGCGAUCAUCGGACUGGGGAUCGAUGUGGUCCGUGGCGCGAUAGCAGCCAUUGCCAAUGGAGAGCCAGUGCUGGACGGCAAUGGCGGUUUGCUGGCGCAGCAGGCGGAGCGAUUCGAGAUGCUGCGGAAGAGCUUUCCGACGAGUCAGCGCUUACCAAGCGGGUCACGGGGUGGCAGAGUCAGCACAGCUCGGCGCGAAAAUUCUGCAGGCAAAAAUUGA